GGCCGGGCCGGGCAGGCAGCGCGCCGCGCUCCCGGGGCUGCUGUGACUCCACAAUGCUGGGCUCGGGCAGGAGGCGGGGCGGGCGGCGGCGCCGCGAGUGAGCAGCGAGCGGGGCAGGCGGCGCGGAUAAGCCGCAGGCUGGAGCGAGCCGAGCGCUGAGCCCCCCUCCCCUUCCCCAGCAGCCGGGCCCUCAGUAGUAUGGCAUCGAGGAGAAUGGAGACCAAACCCGUGAUAACGUGUCUGAAAACCCUGCUCAUCAUCUACUCCUUCGUCUUCUGGGAAAGUACAGUGGAAUUUUCCUGGCUAUGGAAGCUGCAUUAAUUAGAGGAAACUUCAGGAGGCAGGGCAUUCCCCUGCUACCAGUGGCUCUUGGGCCUGGUUCUGCCCCUAAGCUGAUUGUAACAGAUCUGUGGAUGUUAUUACUCACAGGAAAGUUUCAGAUCACAGGCGUUAUUCUUCUUGCUGUUGGAGUCUGGGGGAAGCUCACUCUAGGCACAUAUAUCUCUCUUAUCGCCGAAAACUCUACGAAUGCCCCCUAUGUGCUUAUUGGGACUGGUACCACAAUUAUUGUCUUUGGCCUGUUUGGCUGUUUUGCCACUUGUCGUGGCAGCCCAUGGAUGCUCAAACUGUAUGCCAUGUUCUUGUCCCUGGUGUUUCUGGCGGAGCUAGUGGCCGGCAUUUCAGGAUUUGUAUUUCGCCAUGAGAUCAAGGACACUUUUCUUAGGACAUACACUGAAGCUAUCCAGAAUUACAAUGGCAAUGAUGAGCGAAGCCUCGCGGUGGAUGACGUACAACAGAGUCUGAGAUGCUGUGGCAUUCAGAACUACACCAACUGGAGCACUAGCCCUUACUUCUUUGAACACGGUAUUCCCCCAAGCUGCUGCAUGAACACCAGUGACUGCAAUCCCCAGGAUCUGCGCAAUAUGACUGUUGCUGCCACUAAAAUAAACCAGAAGGGCUGUUAUGAUCUGGUGACCAGUUUUAUGGAGACAAAUAUGGGAAUCAUAGCUGGAGUGGCUUUUGGAAUUGCAUUCUCACAGUUGAUUGGAAUGCUGCUGGCAUGCUGUCUGUCCCGAUUUAUCACUGCCAAUCAGUAUGAGAUGGUGUAACAAGUCUUUCAGAGAUGUGAAAUACAGAGCCUGUCUCAAAAUCGGGAACUGCAGCCAUCUAGGAAGACUUUAAAGAAUGUUAGAGCACACUCUCUCGCACACACACCCCAUCUUCUAAACUCCGUACCAUGUGUAGUGUACCAUUCCGUGAAGUACUAUUGCACCACCAAGAGUAGCUUGAACCAUUCAACAUCCAGUACUGUACACUCCAUCUUAAAGGCUCUGCAUAUGAUGGCACUAUAUGUAUGUUCUUGGUCAUACAGUAGUUGCGUUGUACGUGAACAAUGGUAAUCCAUUAACAGCAUUGAUCAGGCUGUGCAUGUAGUGACUGGAGGGCAAAAUUAGCCUUUCACCAUGGUUAAUAAGUGUUGCACACGUUCAUUUAAACCAGUAUAUGAAAUAUAUAUUCUUUUGCUUUACUAAAUCUUAGUUUCUUGUUUUGUUUACUGCUUUACUAAGGUUUUCAUCUUCUCACCACAAAUGCCCCCUUCCCCCAAAACACAAGAAAUCAGUAACAUAACAUAAAGAUACUUGAAAAAUAAUGUUAUAAUGUUGUGCUUGAAGGGAACUGUUAUUCCUGAUGUUCUACUACAUCUUUGAUUCUUAUUCAAUGUUGUAUGCCUAGUGCGUAUGCCAGUAGACUUUGUCUAGUGCAUUUUGCCUCUGAACCUGUGUAAUACUGUUAUUAAGCUGUGUUGUUGCUUACUGUGAAGGCAGUAAUUUUGCUUCUUUUAUUUUUUUAUUAGAUAACUCUGAACUAAUCAAAUUGUGCUGUAAUGCGGCCUUCAUCCUUUUUUUCUAUUUUCUUUUUUUUCCCCAUUGACGUUACAGCCACCAAAUAUAUUGUCAAAUCAAUCAAAACAAAAACAAGCAUACAGAAUAUUUGGGGGGGGGGAAGCAAAAGUUUAAAACCUUUUUAAAAAAAUAGGAAUUUUUUAAUAAUGCCUCUGUCUAGCAUGCCAACAAGAAUGCGUUGAUAUUGUAUUUGUGAGAUAUGUAUUAAUAAAUGGAACUAUUACAGAUUUC